AUGAACCAAAUAAUAGCUGAUUUGGAAUCUCGCAAGGCAUCAACUGACGAGGAGUUAAAAGCGAGAGACGAGAAGAUCACCCUCCUUAGAGAUAUCAUAGCGAACCUCGAAGGUCAAUUGGAGCAGAAGUCAACACACGAGACGGAAAUUGUGGAACAACUAGAGGUUAUGAAACAGACAAUCGACGACAGAGACAGUAAGAUGCGAUCACUGCUCGGUGAACUGGAGUCGCUAAGGAGCGAAAAGGCGGAAUUAACACAAGUACCCUGCGUUAAUUGCUCCCAGGAGGAGGACAAACAGAGUGAACUCCUGGAUAAAGUGAAAGAACAGUGUCAAUGGUUGGAGGAGCACAUACAUCGUCGCACGCAGCGCCUCGAGCGUAUGCAUGAAGUGUGUUCCAACUCCUGCAGUGAACCCAGCGAAGAUGUUUCAUUGAGAGAACAAAAGGAUACAGGACAGCUCAAAUCGCCGAAGAGUCCACAGAGUCCUAGUGGUCCACAACUAUCGGAACUGUCCGGUAUAUGGGAAUCGCUGCAGGCGCUCCAGCGUGCCGAAGAUGCGGCGCUGAAGCGUGUGCGAGAUCUGGAGAUGCAGCGUGAUCAUCUCAAAGACGUGGCACAGGAGGUGCGCGCAGAGCGUGAUGUGCUGCAAGCGCGCAUGUCCGAGCAGGCGCUGAAGAUCUCAUCACUGUCAGCGCGGUUACAGCAACAUCGUAACGAUGCAUCUGCGCUUGCGCAUCACGCUUCAAGCCAACUCACAGUACAACUGCACGAUGCUAAAGCAGAGGUUGAAAAACUCAAAGAGGACCUCGAAUCGAAAGACAAACAACUGUUACGCCUCAAACAGACUUUGGACGAAAAGGAU